GUUAUAUCUCUAACUUACACCAUUGCUGCUGCUGUCUGCCGAAAUCGUAAUAUACCCACCUGCACGAAGACAACAUGUACACAAUCGCCACGAUCGCGCUCUUCGCCAGUGCCGUUUUCGCACAGAUUCCUGGACUGCCAGACUGCUCACAGACUUGUAUCACCGACUACGGUGGAUGCAACCAGGUCGAUGUCAAGUGCAUUUGCUCCAAUGUACCGCUGCUCGAGAAGCUCUCAUGCUGUGUGAGCCAGAAGUGCGAUGCGAAAGGCCAAGCUGAUGUCAUCUCCUUCGCCGACUCGCUUUGCGGCAGCUACGGCGUCACAACUCUUCCAACCGCGGCAGGUUGCACGGGUAGCGCGGCUGGCGCUUCUUCGACCGCAUCUGGUUCCGCGACAAUGACAAUGACUGGGACCAUGUCUAUGACCUCUGCACCAUCGACCACGUCUGCCACCUCUGCCCAUGCAUCUGCUUCCAGCAUGGCCUCCACAGCUACCAAGUCCGCUGCAAGCGCUGCAUCCUCGGCCGCCUCCGCCUCAAAACAAAGCACCGCAGCUGCACCAACCAACGCUGUCCAACAAGUUCUCGGGUUUGGCCUCGGCGCUGCGGGUCUUUUGGCUGUUUUGUAGAGAAGAAGAAGAGCAUGGAUGGGGUUGAGAUGGAGGAGAGAAUUCGGAAAGAGGAAGCACUUGGAAGAAAGCGAAGAUGUAGAAGAGAAAGAGAUAUCCUUCGCAUUGGCUUUGCUGCGAUUACACUACUAUGUGUUCAUAAUUCCUCAGGAGUCAGAACGCGACGCAUUUGAAUUCCAGGAACAAAUAUCACAAG